AUGGCGGCCACCGCGUCUUCAGCCGCAGCCAAACCCCUCCCUUCCUUGGACUUCUCGGCCGAUUCUCCGCCACUCAGACUGGUCCUCACUCCCGAUCAGUACAAGUACUGCUCUCAGGCUCUCAAGUUCUUCAAAGACAAGCUCCGGACUUCUGACCAUAUCCACCAGGAGUUCGAUCAGCUACAGGCGAAGAGGAUAACAUCAUCUGAUAUGAAGAGAAGUUGCACUGUGGCUCUUGAUAGUGUCAAUUUGAGCAAAAACCGAUACACCGAUGUCUUACCAUUUGACACAAAUAGGGUUGUUCUCAACUCCUGUAAGGAUUACAGACCUUCAGCAAGGGGCUACAUCAAUGCCAGCUUUAUCUCGACUAGUUCCUCCGAAAGCAUUUCCCGGUUUGUAGCAACACAAGGUCCACUUCCGCACACCUACGAGGACUUCUGGGAGAUGGUACUUGAGCAGCGUUGCCCUGUGGUCAUCAUGCUUACUCGCCUGGUCGACAAUUACAGGAUGGUUAAGUGUGGAGAUUAUUUUCAGGCUGAAGCUGGCCCUAGAGAAUUCGGUAAUAUAUGUCUAGCCACUAAGUGGCUAAGAACUACUGAAACUUCGUUAGAAUUGCGCCUUCUAGAGGCGAACUUUAAAGAGUCAGAGGAACCACCCAUGUCUGUAUUGCAUAUUCAGUAUCCUGAAUGGCCUGACCAUGGAGUUCCCGAGGACAGUAUUGCUGUCCGUGAAAUCUUGAAAAGACUAUAUCAAGUACCACCAAAUCUUGGCCCCAUUGUGGUGCACUGCAGUGCAGGUAUUGGGAGAACUGGAACAUACUGCACAAUUCAUAAUACAGUCCAAAGAAUUCUAGCUGGGGACAUGUCUGCGUUAGAUGUCGUUGAUACAGUAACCACAUUUAGGUCUCAGCGAAUUGGAAUGGUCCAAACACUGUUAAAGACAGAGAAGCAAUGUUUGGGAGGAAGAGGGAGGAAUAAGGGAGAAAUGAAGUAA